AUGGGUAGCAGACCACCAUCUCCGUCGGGGACUGGCCCCAUGGACCUCUCCAUACCUCGGCCGAGUCUUCGACGGGACUCUCUCAGGAGCAGCGUGAGCGUGGUCUCAGACGUAGAGAUGGCUCGGCAUGAGGUUUUCGAUGGACCCAUCUCAGAAAGUAUUCCAUCGAGCGUCGUCUCAUUCUCGCAUCGUCGGAAUCGAGCGGGAUCGACAGUCAGUUUCACGUAUUACCAAGACGGCGAAGACUUUGCAGAGUGGUCGAAUGAGGAUGCGGUGGAGGACGAUCUGGAGGAUCUGAGCUCUGGAUUCGAAGGGGAAUCAGCAGAUGGACUCCCGGAGGCUGAUGUCGAGUCUCACAGAGGGUCUUUCGUCUCCAAGAGACUUUCGCAAUCGCGGGACUCGGUGGAGCAGCCUCUGCUUUCGCGAUACCUAUCCGCGAGCUCGUAUGGACGUGAUAGAAGGUCCGGGAGCAGACUCAAUCAGAAGGUGUAUAUUGCAUCAGAAGACCUGACGGCGGUAUUUGCGGGGUUUUCCACUAGUCCCGGUGGCUUUGCUCUCUAUGUCGCUCUAUGCAUCCUGACCGGCGGAUUGGCAUAUCUUUUCUUUCGCUGGCUCCCACGGUGGCGCGUGAGAUUGAUUGGGAAAGCAGCUCCAUUGGGAAAAUGCCAGUGGAUUGCAAUUGAGGACCAAUGGAAUCAAUUUACCAUCCACAUGGUUGGCAGUCAGUCCUAUGGGCGUCCACUGUCCACUGUCUUUGUUGACUCUUCUGGUCAAGCCUACGAUGAGGACCGCGAUCCAUCCAUUGAAUCCCUACGGUUUCUUGAUUACAGGUACCUGAGAUUCUUCUACCAUCCCGUCGAAGAUAAGUUCUCCUUGAUCACUGGCUGGAGAGAUCCCGCAUGGACCAAUGCAAAGGCCAUGCGCGGGGGGUUGGAUGCCGAUGAGCGUGAUAGCAGGGAACAGAUUUUCGGACAAAAUGUUAUCGACAUCCAGCAAAAAACCGUGCCGCAAUUGCUGCUCGAUGAGGCUUUCCAUCCUUUCUACAUGUUCCAAGUUGCGAGUCUCAUCCUCUGGUCUAUGGAUGAAUACUAUUACUAUGCGGUUUGCAUCUUUCUCAUCUCUGCUUUCAGCAUUGCCACUACUGUGGUCGAAACCAAAUCGUCAAUGAGUCGACUGAGAGAAAUAUCCAUGUUCGACUGUGACGUGCGCGUUCUCAGGAAUGGAUUCUGGCGAUCGGUCUCCUCACAAGACUUAGUACCUGGGGACGUGUUCGAGUUUUCUGAUCCGUCAUUGAACCAGGUACCUUGUGAUUCUAUCCUUUUAUCGGGUGAUUGCAUUGUCAAUGAGAGCAUGCUUACCGGCGAAUCUGUACCUGUCUCCAAGACUCCUCUCAUUGAUGAUGCUCUCAAGCACCUUGAUCUCAGUGCCCCAUCGAUUCAUCCUAAUGUUGCCAAGCAUUUUCUCUUUAGUGGGACCAAAGUCAUUCGGGCCAGGCGACCUCAGAAUGUUGAUGACGACGAAGCUGUGGCUUUGGCUAUUGUCGCCAGAACUGGAUUUUCGACGACCAAGGGCGCCCUGGUCCGAUCAAUGCUAUUUCCGAAACCCUCUGGCUUCAAAUUCUACCGAGACUCCUUUCGUUACAUUGCCGUUAUGGCAAUAGUUGCGCUUUGUGGCUUUGUGGCUUCGUUCAUCAAUUUCAUGAGACUGGGUCUUUCCUGGCAUCUCAUCAUUGUCCGUGCCCUUGAUUUGAUUACAAUCGUCGUCCCUCCGGCCCUUCCGGCAACCCUUAGCAUUGGCACAAACUUUGCACUUUCCCGCCUCAAAAAGCAAAGUAUUUUCUGCAUUAGCCCACAAAAAGUCAACGUUGGAGGAAAGCUGGAUGUUGUCUGUUUUGAUAAAACGGGAACCCUUACUGAGGACGGAUUGGAUGUUCUCGGCGCACGAGCGGUUAGCAACAAUCAAAGGUUGGUACUCAAUCAAAAUUCAAACACAAGGAAGACAUCGACUGGAACUGAUCUGAUGGAUAUAAGGUUCUCCGAACUAUUAUCUGAAACUUCUUGUGGUCUACUACUGCCAUCGUCAGUGGCGAACUCGGCAUAUGACAUGGAGAAGCAGCGAAAGAUAAUAUACACCAUGGCAACAUGCCACUCUUUAAGGGUUGUUGAUGGCGAGCUACUAGGAGAUCCUCUCGAUAUCAAGAUGUUUCAGUUCACGAGUUGGUCCUAUGAAGAGGGUGGUGGUCAUGCCUCUGAGCCGACAAGCUCUAAGUUUGAUACCAUCACCCCAUCUGUUGCAAGGCCACCGGAGACUCACACUGGCAAAAGCCAGCGAAAUGGACCCAAUCUUCCCGUCGAACUUGGUAUCUUACGAAACUUUGAAUUCGUCUCUCAACUCCGCCGCGCAAGUGUUGUCGUCCGGCAGUUUGGGGAUAAUGGGGCCAGUUUCUUUGUGAAAGGUGCCCCGGAAAGUAUCAAGGAAAUAUGUGUGCCUGAAAGUCUCCCAUCCGACUAUGACGAGCUGUUGAACUAUUACACCCACAAAGGGUACCGUGUCAUUGCUUGUGCAACCAAAUACGAACGAAAGUUGAGCUGGAUGAAGGCCCAGAAACUUAGUCGGGUCGAGGCCGAGAGUAAUCUUGAGUUUUUGGGCUUCAUUAUUUUUGAAAAUAAGUUGAAGCCUAGCACCUCCCAAGUGAUUUUGGAGCUGAAACAAGCUGGGAUUCGAAACGUUAUGUGUACGGGUGACAAUAUCUUAACGGCAGUGAGUGUUGCCAAGGAAUGUAAGAUGAUUGACCCAGAUGAGCAUUGUUUCAUCCCACAUUUUAUUGAAGAACCUGGUCUUAUCACCAAGACAUCUCUUAUAUGGGAAAGUGUGGACAACCCUGAUCUCAGAUUAGACCCGAGAACACUUUUAUUCGUCCAAAUCUCUACGGAAGAGGAUCUAUCCAUCCCAGGAAAUAUACUUCAGGCUCGGAAAUACUGUCUUGCGGUCACAGGUGAUGUGUUCCGGUGGAUGGUUGAUUAUGGGAACGAAGAUGUGUUGAACCGGAUUCUGGUCAUUGGGAAAGUAUUUGCUCGAAUGUCACCGGAUGAGAAGCAUGAACUGGUGGAGAAGCUUCAAUCAAUCGAUUAUUGUUGUGGCUUCUGUGGAGACGGGGCAAAUGAUUGUGGCGCUUUGAAGGCUGCUGAUGUGGGCAUCUCUUUGUCUGAUGCCGAGGCAUCUGUUGCCGCUCCCUUCACCAGCAGGCUUUUCGAGAUAUCAUGCGUGCCCACUUUGAUUCGUGAGGGCCGUGCUGCUUUGGUGACGAGUUUCUGCUGCUUUAAAUUCAUGAGUCUUUACUCGGCCAUUCAGUUCUCCUCCGUGAGCUUCCUUUACACAUCCGGUUCCAAUCUCGGUGACUUCCAGUUUCUGUUCAUUGAUCUAGCCUUGAUCAUGCCGAUUGCUAUCUUUACGACCGACAGCCGACCUUGUCUCGCGGAAGGUUCUGACUCCUCUAUUGGGCCAGAUCAUUAUGGUGGUUCUCGCCCAGCUGACGAUCUUCCAGACUGUCCAGACCCAGCCCUGCUGGAUUUGGAGAAGAGCAACAUUGUAAACUCGGAAAACACGGCGCUUUUCCUGUUCUCCUGCUUCCAAUAUAUACUGACCAGUAUUGUUUUGAGUGUCGGACCACCCUUUAGACAACCGAUGACAUUAAAUGUUCCAUAUCUAUGCACGAUCAUUGUCGAUUUGUUGAUCGGAGUCUACAUGCUCUUCCGACCAUCCGAAUGGGUCACGAGCGUGCUCGAGUUGACCAUCAUGUCUGACUCCUACCGAGGCUGGAUUUUGGCGCUUGCACUUGGGAUGUUUGCAUUGUCCUGGUCAGCAGAGGUCACAGUGUUCCCCCGGUUGGCACGCAUCAUUGGCCACACACGGACUCGGCUACAGCCGAACUAUCGCAAGAAACGUCGCCAGUACAAGGUUCUUCUGGAAGGGAUGGGCUUGUGA